GUAGACGUUAAUUAAUUUGUCUAUGCUCUCACAUACGGUAUUUAGUUUGAAGUUAUACAGGUUAGUGUUACUUACUUAUAGAGCCAAGUUAAGAUGGUGAGAGCCGUCAGACCGGAGGUACCUCCAGCCAUUAAACUUAAAGCAAGAACGGUGGCGGUAAUACCCGCUGGUACGAGAACAGGGCUGAAUACAAGGAAGAGCGGCAUGGAGGCGGCUAACGCCAUGGCUGUGCCAACUAGUGAUAAACCGGCCAGCAACAAGAGGAAUACUGCGGCUGUAGAGGCAAAAAACGCUAUCAAAACACCCUUAAUCGUCGGCUUUGGAGAUCGUAAUCUCUCGCGUUUUUUCUUGCGAAACAACAUUUUUAAUGGCCAGAAAAUAUUCCUUGUUUUAUCGGAUGGUUAUGUUGUGGGAUUUCAUGAAUUAGGAGAGUGGAUUUUAUGAAUAGAUCUAGAGAGGUAUGGUCUACGUGCACGGCACGUGCUUUACCUCAUGCGUAACGAUGCAAGUGACUGUUGAGCUCUACGUUACCUCAAUGCCUCUUCUCCUCUCUUUUUUCUGUUUCCCUAGCUAAUUUUGUUGGUUUACCACAUUUUUUCGUCCUCUAUUCCUUGUUUCCUCGCUUUCUUGUAAAAUAGUUGUAGGUAUUUUGGUUUAUAUUGGGAUAUUGUUUGUGUAGGUUGGUUUGACUAAUCUAGUUUUCAUUAUAAUAUGAUUGAAUUAUAAGUU